AUUUAUUGAUGCUUUCAGGAUGAAUUCUAUUAUGCAAUCAUGAAACAGUCUGCCUUCCAAGUCCUUUUUUCUCUCCUGAUAAUGGUGAUGACUGCUGAAGGGACAUCAGACCUCCAGUGUACAUCGGAUGGUAAUAAAAUGGUGAACUGCAUUUGGCAUACCAAUAGAAGCUCAUCUGAAGCAUUCUGUGACCUGACAACAGGAUCUGAUCCUAAGACUACGUGUAAACUAAAGAAGAUGUACAACUCAUCUGCCAUGAAAUGCAGCUUGACGGCAAAUGUAUUCCCAGAUUUUAAAAUGGAAAUUGUAGCAUCAUGUAAAGAAAACACCUCCACAGUGAAUGUAACAGAGCUCCAUGGGUUUUAUCCAAUGCAACAAGUUCAAUUCCUACCUCCAUAUAACCUAAUGGCAGACGUUAAGAUUGAGGCAGAAAAUACAAUUAUAUCAUGGACUAUGCAUCUUGAUAUUUGUGGAUUUGGUGGCAAAGUAUAUGAAAUAAGAUAUAAACCCAAGAAAGAUAGCUGGGAAAGUUCAAAUAGUCUCACACUAACGAAUGAACAGACGUGGGUGAAAAUUGAAAAAAACGACCAAGUUGCUAAUGAAACAUAUGAAGCCCAGGUUCGAAUAAAGCCCUCAGGAUUAAAAUAUUGUAAUGGAAUCUGGAGUGAAUGGAGCAAACCUGCAGAAUGGACAACAAAUGCUGAAGAGGUCCAUACAGCAUCAAUAUCUGGCCUUCCUGAAAAUCAGAACUUGAAUUAUUAUGUCUACCUACUGGCGCCUGGAGCAUUGUCUGUUAUGAUGGUUCUUAUCUUCAUCCGAUGCUGCAAUUCAGAAAAUUUGACUAUAAGACAUAAGAAGAUUCCAAACCCUGCUAAAUUCUUUGAUCCACUAAUUUCAUUCCAUGGAGGAAACUUCCAGAAAUGGCUUGGGACAGCUUUUUCAGAAGAGCUAUAUACUAUGGCUGGUAGCAUCACAGACAUGUCUGAUCUGCAUGUCUUCCCAAGUAAGGAGGCAACAAAUUUAUCAAAAAAGGAUCCUCCCAUGACACAGGUAACUUUGGAGACCAGUGGUCAGUCAGUGUCAAGCUUCCAUAACCAAGGCUAUUUCCUUUUCCGAUACUCGAACUCAGUUGAAGUAGAUCCCUGCCAAGUCUAUUUUACCUAUGAUCCAUUUACAUCUGAUUCAAGCAGUGAUUAUAGUGGGGCCUAUGAAAAUCUUGCUUCACCAGAAACCAUCCAUUCAGAAGUGCCAUCAUUUUCUCGCGAUGAUGAAACUGUGACACAUUCUGAAGGUACGAAUGAGUCCAACACUGAAAGGAAUCCUCAGAACAAUUCACUGUCUCUAACAUUACAUGGACUACCUGCCAGUUCUGAGGAUAUGUUAAAUAACUCACUGCAGGGUUUUAAUAAAGCUUUGGAAAAUAAUGAUUGCUCAAAUGAAAACAGGGAAUCCUCUUUGUUUGCUGGUUUCCCCCCUUUCUUUGGAAUGGAUACUUCAAGACUGAACAACUCAUUUGGGAAAAAAAUUGAGACACAAGUAGAACAUACUGAUCCAGAAAUGACAGAUGAGAGUGAAAAGAUGACCCAAAUAACAAAUUGUGCCACAUCAGACCCUAGACAUGACACAUCUAAUGGAUCAAGUGCUCCAUCUUUGAUUACUGGCUACAUCAGUGCAGAUUAUCUGUCCUUUAAAGAAGUACAGGAUAAAUACAGUAACCAUUCUAUAUAGGGUAAACUGCAAGAAGCUGAAACCUGCAACAGGAUUGUUUAAAGAAAGUUUUAUACCUAGAAGUUGGAUUACUUAGAAGCAAACACAAGAGUCCUAAGGUGCCUGGGUUUGAAUUCUUUGUGUAUUAGUAUGUUGUGGGACUUAUUUCAAGUCAUGUGGCUUCUUUGUUGACAUUUGUCACUAAUGUACAAAGAGCAUGACACUGGUUCUGCCUACUGCUUGUAGUACAAAGAUACCAUUCAACCAAUUUCAGACUUUUUACCUUGGUGGCAUUGAUUCUGGUGAUGCCGUAAGAUGCCUUUAGUUUAUAUGAUAUCAAUGAAGUGUUUCUAAUACUGAUUAAGACGGAAGAUAGUGUGGAAAAAUGUGCAACAAAAACAUGAGCAGCUUUUUGAAGUUGCUUGCACACAACUUUUUUAUAAAUGAAGCCACCUAUUGGCAUGUAAAUAUAUCUGUAAAUGUCUAAUCACAGUUGCAUAAAGGAUCAUGGCUAAAAUUCGCUGCUGAAGACAUCAAAGAAACGCUUAUGUUUAACUAUGAGUACUAAUUUUCUUUAAGAUGCUAUAAGCUAGUACAUCUCAGUUUAAAAGGUCAGAAAAAAACAGAGGUAUGCAAACUUAACUACUGAUAUUUCUUCUGAAUGAAAUAGUCACUUUUUUAAUAAAAGCAGCUGGAAAGAAAUGGAAUAACUCAUAGCUUAUACAUGAACACGUACACCCUGUAAUAUGCUGUCAAUAGCUCAUAUAUAUUUCCAGUAUAUAUUUACUAAUGUUUACUUUUUCAUCACUUUCGGCUGGGAAAGUUAUUUGAAUUCAUAAAACAUUUAAAAUUCACUCUAAUGAAGUAUUUGAAUGUCUUAGCACUUUAUAAUCCACAGCGGUUGAUAAAUGUCAAAUGAAAUGUUAACAUUUAGUGAAGCAGAUGACAGAAGAAACAUAAUGUAAGCAAAAAUGGGUUAAAUUCAUCUUAACAGAGAAGUGACAGGAAAUAUGAAAUGUUAUUGUGUGU